AUGGACCCUCAGCAACCCACAUCCCGGGCUUUGCAAGCCCGCAUAAACACCAACGUCGCGCAGCUGCUACAACGAUUCGAGAAUAUCAUGGCAACCGCAACGGUCGAUAAUACAAGCUUCACAUCCACAGCCAUCGAAACAUAUCAACUCGACGUCGAGUCUACUGCUCUUAUUCGCGCCGCGGAAGAUAUCCUCUCGUUAACACGGACAAUGAAGGAAGCAUGGCUAUUUGGCAAAUUAGACACCCUGGGUGAGGAUGAGAGGGAUGUACAAAGGAGGGAGGGUCUAGAGAGGGAUGCGCAAGCGGUCAAGAAUGCCAUUGAGAAGGGGGGCGUGUUGUCAAUGGAAUAA